CCAAUCCAUUACCCGGCCACGUCAUCAACCUCCCUUCCCUCUUUUAAACCCAUCCCACACCCCCACCUCUCCUUCAAUUCUAAUUAAGAACCACCUAAAAUCUCUCUCUCUCUCUCUCUCUCUCUCUCUCGCAGGCGCACAACAAAAAUGGAGGGUCUAAUUCCUUUUGUGUACAAAGCCAUAAUGCAAUACAAGAAUGGAAACGAAGGUCAAAUAGGGUCGUGGUUCAGUGAGUCACCUUCAGCUGCCUACAUGCGACUUCCCGGCGACUCUGGUCGUUUCCAAACGUCGGAUAUACAACUUUUCCGUUCAGACUGUCGCUUCUCUAAUACCUCUUCACCAUCUUCCAGGGCUCCUUCUACGACGACCCAGAUAAUAGUGUCGUCCGGAGUUCAAUCUCCGCUUUCUCGCUUGACUCCCCGUCGAGUGGCAAGUACAUGAUCAACAUCGCACCUGGCCUGCCAAAAGAAAGCAGAACUUGUUAAUUUUAUGGGCUUUGAUGAUUGAUCGCAUCUACAGGAUUUGUGUAUGAUCGAUGAUAUUAAGUUUAAUCUUUUCUUCUUUGCUUUUAAUGGCUUUUAAUUAGUUUGGUUUGGUCAGUGAUAAGCGUGUGGGAAAAAAACCAAAGGGACCCCUCCGCUUUGAUCUGCUGUUGUAAGUGUGAAAAAUGUGUGAAGGUCAUUAGGGAAAUUACCUUCCAAAUA